AUGAAGACCUUCUCGCUUGCCGUCGUUUCCAUGCUUCUGCUGGGCGCCUCUGCCCUCCGCCCUCCCGUCCACGGGCCCAAGCCGCCCAUUGAUGCCUGCUGCUGCUGCGACAUCUCGGUCAACGCAAUCUCCUGCGAUAGGAACAUCCCGGCCAGCGACUGUUUCUGCGCCGCCGUCGUCUGCCCCCCUGGCGCGCCAACCAUCUGGCACGGCGAGCCUGCGCCGCGACCCACCGCACCCACCCAGAAGCUCUACCCGGUGCCCGACGCACCCACCGCGUAA